AUGUCUAGCUCAGAACAAAUUGCCAAAAAUGCUCGUCGAGCAGGAAAUGUUCUGAAGACUAUAAGUGACAAGAACCGGUCCAAUGUUCUUUACAAGAUCCAUGAUGAACUGAAGAAGAAUGCAUCGACAAUUGAAAAGGCAAACCAGCUGGACUUGGAAGCAGCAAUUACAAGCGGUCUAUCUCCAUCUUUGAUUAAGAGACUUGAUCUUUUCAAAGGUGACAAAUUUGACACAAUGUUGCAGGGAAUAAAAGAUGUCGCUGAUCUCGAAGAUCCUGUUGGAAAAGUUAAAAUUGCCAGGCAAUUAGAUGAGGACCUUAUUUUGUAUCAGGUUACCGCCCCAGUCGGUGUGCUGUUGGUCAUUUUUGAGUCUCGUCCUGAGGUUAUUGCAAACAUCACAGCUUUGGCGAUCAAGUCUGGGAAUGCUGGGAUCUUGAAAGGUGGGAAAGAAUCAGUGAAUACUUUUAGAGAAAUGGCCCGCAUCAUCAACGGCACAAUUUCUAGAUAUGAGGCUGAAACUGGCGUCCCAGUCGGAUCAGUACAAUUGAUUGAAACAAGGGAAGAUGUCUCUGGCUUGCUAUUGCAAGAUGAAUAUAUAGAUUUGGUUGUUCCACGUGGAUCAAACGCUUUGGUGAGGCAAAUCAAGGCUAACACCAAGAUUCCUGUUCUUGGACAUGCUGAUGGUAUAUGUUCCGUUUACUUGGAUGAUGAAGCUGACCUAGAGAAAGCCAAAAGAAUAACUUUGGAUGCAAAGACAAAUUACCCAGCUGGUUGUAACGCUAUGGAAACAUUGCUCAUCAACCCAAAGCUACCAAACUGGUGGAGAGUUUUGGAUCAUUUAAGCCGCAAGGGCGAUGUCGUCCUUCAUUUGACGAAGGAUGCGAAGGAAGCCUACAUCCAGAAAUUGAAGGAAGAGGGAACUUUUGAUGAUUUCAGCAGCACUAAGAUUGUGGACGUCGAUGAGUCCAAAGAUUUUGAUGGCGAAUUUCUCUCUCUUGACUGCGCCGUCAAAUUUGUAUCAUCCACCAAAGAAGCUAUUGAACAUAUCAACCUUCACUCAUCAAAACACACUGAUGCUAUUGUGACCGAAAACGAACAGCACGCUGAGCUUUUUUUGAAGGGGAUUGAUUCCUCGGGUGUUUAUUGGAAUGCAUCGACCAGAUUCGCCGAUGGUUUCCGGUACGGUUUUGGUACUGAGGUUGGUAUUUCCACCUCCAAGAUUCAUGCCCGUGGUCCAGUCGGGCUAGAUGGACUUGUAACCUAUCAAUAUCAACUGAGAGGUACAGGUCAAGUUGCGAGCGACUACCUCGGCGCCGGCGGUAAGAAAGCUUUUGUCCAUAAAGACUUAGAUAUUACGAAAGUGACUCUUUAA